CAUGAAGGAAAGUAGUUAGCCAUCUUUAGGCCCCUCGAGGCACAGACUGGACCCCGGAGUCGCCCUUAUAAGUCGUGGGAGGCGCGGCGGAGGCACAGUCCUCACCCCGGCGACUACGCGGCGUGCUUGGAAGGGAGCGAGGUGUUUCUGGCUGCGAGUUCGUAGUGGCGCCCCAUCCCAAGAUGGGGACCCACCUCCGGCUGGUGGUGCUGCUCGCCGCUGUGGUGGCUGUCCUGCUGCCCGUGCAAGCUGAUCCUUUCCUGGGGUUCUUGAUCAAGAAGAAGGCCGCCCAGUUCCUCAGUCAAGGACUCUCAACAGCCAAGCCGAGCUACAGCAGUGGUUACCAAGGCGAGACUCAACCUUUUUCUUCAAGCUACCCAGCAAACCAUGGCUUUAACUUGAACACUGGGUCGGGGGGAGGCGGGAAGGGCUUCACAGGUGGGUUUGGUGCCGGUGGAGGAUUCAGUAGCAGUUUAGGUGGAGUGCAGUUCAAUAAGGGCACUGGAUUCCAGGUGAACAAACCGGGUGGCUUCGGUGGUGGUCUCAGCGGAAGUAGCGGCAGCGGGUUUAGUUUCAGCGCUGGAAGUGGCCUUGGCUCCGUGAGUUCCUCUGGAGGCGUCGGGGGAAGCUUCAGUUUAGGCCCAGGAGCACCGGGGACUGGGACUUUCACGUCAGUGUCAGACGGGGGUGUAAGCGUUUUUUCAGGCAGCGGGGGUGGACCAGGCAUAGGCACGGGGGGUCAAGGGGGCACUAGUACGAGUGUAUCCAUCAGUGGGGGGGCAGGGGGUGGGGGAGGCAUACUCCUCCCACCCGGUGGUGGUCUAGGCAGUGGUGGAGGGAUAGAAGUGAGUGUUAGUGGUGGAGGAGAUGGAGGGACGCCAGGCGGAGGGGGAGAUUCAUUCGGUAUUGAUGGGGGUGGGUUUGUCAUCCCUGGAAGUGGGUUUGACAUCCCUGGUGGCGGGUUUGAUGUUACGGUGGGCGGAGGGCAAGGAGCCACAUGUCCGGUUGUGACCAUACCGGUGGUUAAUGAAGUGACGCAGACGCCGGUGCAGACGGAGUACGUGACGGUGCCGCAGCCCCUCUCCAGCGUGGUGCUGAGGGUCGUGCCUUACUACAAGACCGUGGUGGUGACCGCAAAUGUCAUCACUUCCGUCACCGUACCUGCGGAAACCGGACGGUGCACGAGGACGAAGGUUGUGUACACCACUAACACUAUCAGGAAGGUCUCCUUGGUCACCACCGUCCUCAAGAUCACUGCUACGGACCUCCAGCAGGAGGUUCAGACGGUCACCAACACGCAGACUGAGACAGUGGUGUCCACUGUCCUCAGAACAGUGACGCAACACAAGCACACAAGGACCACCAAGACGUCACUUGUUUCACUCAGCACCACUCUCCUCCAGUACUCUACCGCCGUCGUCACCUCCGUCUACCAAAUCACCUCCACUAGCGUUGUUUCCGUCUCUGAGCCAAUCCUGGUGAGCACGACGGAGGUGGCGUGGAACCCGAUCAGUGUGACGGUCACCAAGACCAAGGUGGCCUACAGGACCGUGUGGGGCAACUGUGGUGGCGGCUACUGAGGCUCGGGGAAGGCGGCAAACAGGUCAGGCCACAACAAGAGCGAUAUAGGUAAACCAGAAUUUUUUUUUUAAACGUCG